AAACAAAGCUAGUGGUAGCACAACAAAUAGCUGCUGCGUGCCGCGGCGCCAGGUCUUGCACCGAUCCGUGCAAGGCAGAGGUCCAAACGCUGGCAUCGCUUCGGCGCCGAAGCUAGCUGCGCAAAAAGGUGAUACUCAUCACUCUCCUCUCCCUCGAGACCUGGUAGCUUGUAUGAACUGAGACGUGCUGGAACUCGGCCUUUGCAAAGCGUUCUUCGCAGCGAGAAAGACGCGAUGACGAGCUCAUCUACCGGCCCAUCCCUCUUCUCCACCAUCGCUUCCCUCUUCGGCGGUGUUUCUGCUUCCUCCUCCGGCACGCGCAGCGCGAGCAAGUCCAAGCAGCUGCCUAGGCGGACCGCCUUUGGCUCUGCAUUUGGCAGCGGAAGCGGCGGCGGUAUUGGCGAGGACUGGUCCCUUCCGUAUACACACUACGGCGGCGGCCCGUCCUCGUCGAUGUUCAUGAACGGCGGCUCAGGCGCAGCAGCGGCUUACCCGCCUUCGCUGCCGGGCCACACAGCCGGCGGGCCGUACAUGCCGGCGAUCGCAGGGACCGCCAACGCGAGUCUCGCCGAGUUCACCAAUGUGCACAACCCCAACGCAUCUAGCUCCAACCUCGUCCAGCAUGGCCCGUACUCCGCAUCCGUCGCCGUGACCUCCAGCAGCAGCUUCGCGCGCUUGCGCUCCAGUUUCGGUGUCGCGCUUCCUGGCGCAGGCUUCAGCAUCGCAGCCGCCGGCGCAGGCGGUGCUGCCGGCUUAGGCGCUGGAUCGGCCGUGUCGUCCAACAUGCCCUCUUCGGCCUACCCGCCGCUGCGGCACACGUGGCGACGCAUUCGGUCGUGGUGCCGCAAGCAGUACCCGGAGUUGUGGGACACGGUCAACUAUCCCGCGCUCGAGGCGGAGAUCGACGAGUUUGAGGAGCAAAUCGGCUUCGCACUGCCGCCCUCGGUGCGCGAGAGCUUCCUCCUGCAUAACGGCCAGGAGCUGGAGAGCUACGCAAACAGCAGCGGCGGCGGCAGCUGCACCGAAGGCCUCUUCUUCGGCAUGACGAUGCUCUCCCUUGAGCAGAGCCUCCAGGAGUGGGGUUUCUGGCGCAGCGUAGACGAUGACCCUGAGACGGGCGCCAGUGUCGAUGUGCGCGGCAACAUGACCAGCUGCCCCGACGGCUGGGUCCGCAACGAGUACAGCGACCGUGGAUGGAUCCCCCUCAUCUCGGAUCGGGUAGGUAACUACAUCGGCGUGGACCUCAACCCCCCGAAUCCUUACGAGAUCGGCGAUGAAAACGUCGGCGGCAUAGAUCGCACUGCCGUCGAUGGCCUCGCGACGCGCAUUGCCAACGGCUGCCUCGAUGCCAAUGUCAACGGCGACAGAGACACGACGGCAACAGCCACGGCGACUCCGACGCCUAAACAACAGCAGCAAAGUCCUCGCAGUGGCGGCCUCCCGGGUCAAGUGAUUGUCUUUGGCCGCGACUUUGACACCAAGGUCGUUCUGUGGCGCGGCGAAGGCGAGGGCGGUUGGGGCCGCUUCCUACAGCACUUUGCCGAAGAGCUGGAGGCGGGUGAGCUGUGGACGCUCGACGAUACGUCUACCGGCAGCGAGGACGACGAGGACGCCAUCGGCUACGAGAACUACUUUGGCGGCGGCGGCGGCGGCGGCAAAGGCGGCGGCGACCGCGGCGGCGACGGACACGCCGGCUUCAAGCUGCAUGGCGACUAUAAGGGCUGGCCUGUCCUCGAGGCGUGGGCGGACCGCAGUAUCAGGGCGUGGGAGGACGCUGGGUUCCAGGUCGGCCUACCUGCCAACCAAGACCCUGGGUUUUACGCUCAGUACGCUGUUGGCGGCGGCGGCGGCGCUGCUGGUGCGGAGGAAGCAGGGCCAUCAGCAGUCGGCGUCGGCAUGGGCGUAGAGCUAGGGUCAGAUUUAGAUCAGAAUCCGUGCUUUGCCGGCGCGCCUGCAACAACGCCGCUGCCUGCGCUGCAGGUGCAUCUCAGCGAGGACGAGGCGCAUCAGACCGCUUCAGAUCAGCAGCAAGAGCCGGUGCUUCUCGACCCACUCACCGAAGCUGCUAGCAGCAAUGCCGAGGAGGGCAGCUCGGCAGCGGGCGCUGCGGCAAGUUCUGCGCCAUCAGCAGCAGCAGUGACACCUAGCCAUCACCCAUUACAACAAGAAACAAUCCGCACCGGCCUCCUCGUGUCCGAUUCCGUUCCCAGCACACCGACUCUCGGCAUCGCGCCGCGCUCGACAGAUACGCUUUCACCCCCGCCGGCCAGCUUCAAGUCGACCGGGAAGCGGCGCCAGGAGUUUGGUGCGCCGUCGCGGGACAAGGACUGGGAGAGGAAUGCGGGGAUAUUGGGACCCGGCGCGGGCGCGGUGAGGCGGCGAGCGCCGCCCCCUGCAACGGCAGCGUCGCUGGACCUGCCAACCCUCGCGGACGUGCAUGCAGCACACGCAGCUGCGCUCGCUGAAGCGGGGCGCGGCGCAUCGCACCAAUUUGAGUUCCACCUUAAGUCAGCUGACCAGUCGAUCGACUUGGAGGAUAGGCACAGCGCAGAUGGGAGGUACAGCACCGGCAGUGCCAGCGCCAGCGGCAGUAGCUUCUUUGGCAAAACGAGGCGCGAAGGAACUUCUGGCCUCGCGUCCAGCGGCUCGGUCUCUGCCCUCCGCGACGUCGUUGUCGACCCCGCGUCCAUCAGCCCUCGACCCUCGGCCAGCGCUGAAGGCCCGCGCUUCCCUGGCUCGACGUUCAUGUGCGGUGGCAGCAGCGGGACUGGCCCUGGACGCGAUGGCUUGGGUUCUUUGCCCGGAACGCCGCGGCUCAUGUCCAACGGCUCCGAGUCCUUUGCGGCGCUCAUCGAUGCUGGCUCGCAGCCGUCGUCGCCGGCGCCCGUCGGACAGGCCAGGUCGCUGAAGCUCAGCUACGUCCCUAGCACCUCGCAAGUCAGCGACUUGCCACAGACCUCGCCUUCGCUCAUCCAGUCCCUCCCUGGCGGAGGCGCGCAAGGCGGCGCCGGCGCUAGCGUGGGCAGCAACGGCUUCGGUAGCGAGCACGACACGGCACGCGGCAGUCCAAAGCCACUGCUGCGAGCACUACACGGAAGCCAUUCGCGGACGAACUUGAUCAAAGGCGCCAUGCCUUCCGUUGCAUAGAAUAUCAUUUUACAGUACUUCACAAGGCUCGUGGUAGCACUUGCGGCUCGGAAGUCCAGACAAGACUAUCAGGCUCGCCAUGCUCCUCACCCUUUACAUCUCUUCUUUUCCCAACACAGUUCAAUCCCGAGCAAUAAUGCUGAACAAUUUCUUUUACCACAUUGCGAACGAGUUGUAUUGUAGCGCAAUAUCAACAAAGUCGUAUCACUU